CUGACAGCCAGGCCCUCUCGGCCCAAGGAGGGGAGCUCAAUGACCCUGACCUGUGAGGCACAGGCCGCUUCUUGGAAGCCAGACGCCCAGCCCCAGUUCUGUUUCUUCAGAGACAGCCAGGCCCUGUGGCAGGGCUGGAGCAGCUCCCCAGAGCUCCAGCUCCCCACUGUGUGGAGGAAAGACUCGGGGUCCUACUGGUGUGAAGCGAAGACCUCAGAUCUCAGAGUCACUCGGAGCCCCAGGAUUCAGAUACAGGUGCAAGGAGUCCCUGUCUGGAAUGUGAGCUUGGAGACACAGCCUCCAGGGGGACAAGUGCAGAAGGGAGAGAAGCUGGUUCUCGUCUGUUUGGCCACCCAGGGCACAGGAGACAUCACCUUCUCCUGGUACAAAGGGGCCCUGGGUUCGAACCUGGAAACAAAGACCCAGCGCUCAUUGGCCGCGAAGUUUGAGAUCCUGGCGGUGACGGAGAGUGACACAGAGAAAUACUACUGCGUGGCCGACAACGGCUAUGGCCCCAGCAUCAGCGAGCUGGUGAGCGUCACCGUCAGAAGUCCGGUGUCUUACCCCGUCCUCACCCUCAGGGCGCCCGGGGCCCAGGCCGUGGUGGGGGACGUGGUGGAGCUUCGCUGUGAGGCCCAGAGCGGCUCUCCCCCGAUCCUGUACCGGUUUUAUCACGAGAAUGUCACCCUGGGGAGCAGCUCGGCCCCCUCUGGAGGAGGAGUGUCCUUCAACCUCUCUCUGACCCCAGAACAUUCUGGAAACUACUCCUGUGAAGCCGACAACGGCCUGGGGCCCCAGCGCAGUGAGGCGGUGCCACUCAGGGUCACAGUGCCUACGGAAGACAAGAAGGAACUUCUCGCCUCAGAAAUCCUUGAAGGGCUGCUUGGCACCCUUGCUCCCUCCAUUAUGGCCCUAUUGCUCUGCUAUUGGCUCAAGAAAAGAAUAGGAAGACGUCUGGCCAGGGACCCGUGCAGGAGCCCUCCCAGCCCCAUGUCACAGGUGUCCAACUACAUCAACUCAGCUGCCCCACUGCAGGAACAGUCUGUAUAUGAAAAUGUGAACGUCGUAAGCGGGGAAGAGGUCUACUCUUUGGUGUACCAUACGCAACAGGAGCAGCAAGCAGCGGGUGAGACAUGA